CCACAACCUGUCCUGAGUAUCUCUCCUCAGUGGCUGAACCCUGGAGACUCAGUGACUCUGAGCUGUGAAGUUGACAAGACGUCUACAGACUGGAGGUUCUCCUGGUACAGGACUGUUCCCUACAGAGCUGGGUUACCCUCCCUAUCAGACAAGUCUUGCUCUCCAUGUGUUUAUGGAGGGGAUAGCUGAAGCUGAGGCUAGCUGGGAUACCAGUCGUUACCAUAACUUAGCUUUGGGGGGAGGCAUCUGUGCAUGGUGGUUGUAAAAAUGAACUAACAUCUGCACAUUCUGAUACCAAACUGAUCUAAUCUCAGACCUCUAUUCUCAUUCCAUCCUCCUUUCCUUCAAUAAAGAGGAAGGAACCAGUGUGAGGUCAUGUAGCCAAUCAUAAGAAGAAGUUGGUCAGAAAAUGAACACGCCAUCAACCGCUACUCUUUUUUUCUCACAGCCUUUGUACGUUUCUCAAUCAUUUUCUCUAUUUUUCUGUGUGACGGUGAAGAGGUGUGAUCUAAACAGUCUGUCAUAUAGGAAGUAGAGGGGUUUGUCAGAAGAACUGUAGUUGUAGAGAAGGUCACCUGUCAGUGGGACAGAAUGGAGAACACAUUGCUCUGUGUGCUGCUCUUGCUGAGUAUCCUCAUCUACUGUGGACACUGUGAUGAAGAUGAUGAGAGACAUGUAGCUGUUCUGACCCUCCAACCCAACUGGACCCAGAUAUUCAUUGGAGAGACUGUUACUAUGAGAUGUGACAUACAGGGAGGAGGAGACUCUGACUGGAACUACAGAUGGUAUAAGAAUAGUCAGUUAGUGAUCCCCUUUAACACAAAGACUGAGUACAGAAUCAGUCCUGUCUACAUGUCUAACAGUGGUUCAUAUACCUGUGAGGGUGUGAAGGGAAACAAGUUCUCCAAGACCAGUGAAGCUGUACAACUGAAAGUGUCUGGUAAACCCAAGGCUGUCCUGAGUGUCUCUCCUCAGUGGCUGAACCCUGGAGACUCAGUGGCUCUGAACUGUGAAGUUGACAAGACGUCUACAGCCUGGAGGUUCUCCUGGUACAGGACUGUUCCCUACAGAGCUGGGUUACCCUCUCUAUCAGACAAGUCUUACUCUCUACAGCCCCUAUCUGAAAAUGUGACUAGUGAAGACUCCUACACUCUGAUCCCUGCUGGUCCUACUCACACAGGAGGAUAUGUGUGUAGAGCUGGGAGAGGAGACCCAGUCUAUGACACACACUACAGUGAACCUCAGUUUCUCUGGUCAGGAGAUCUGCAGCCUUCAGUGUUUCUCAGAAUAAGUCCCAACACAACUCAACACUUUAGAUCAAAGUCUCUCUCACUGAGCUGUGAGCUGAAGGGGAACUCUACUGGAUGGAGACUGAUGAGAUACACAGAGAGAGGAGUAGAGUCAGGGUGUGUCUCUAACUGGGGAUCAAUAACAGGGUCUACAUGUACCAUCAGGUCCACAUACACAUGGCACAGUGGAGUGUACUGGUGUGAGUCUGGAUCAGGAGAGUACAGUAAUGCUGUCAACAUCACAGUGGAUGCUGGUAAUGUGAUCCUGGAGAGCCCUGUCCAUCCCCUGACUGAAGGAGACUCUGUGACUCUGCGCUGCAAAUACAGGACAACCAGCUCAAACAUCAAGGCUGAUUUCUACAAAGAUGGAGUACUCAUCAAAAAUGAGACCACGGGAGAGAUGACCAUCCCUGCAGUAUCCAAAUCAGAUGAAGGAUUCUACACAUGCAAAUACCCUGACAAGGGAGAAUCACCAGAGAGCUGGAUGACAGUGAGAGCCGUAGCUCCUGGAUCCUCUACACCAGUCCUAGUAGGAGUGGUUGUGGGUCUGGUUGUUGCUGGUGUUCUACUGGUCAUUCUCCUCGUCCUGCUGUGGAGAUUUAAAAACGCCAAAGGUUCCUGUUUUAACAGAAUAUUAUUACACCCCCAGACCCAGAGCACCAACCAGGACCCCCAACAGGACCAAGGAUCUACCCAGGGUCAGGCUCCUGAUGCUGUGUAUACACGUCUGCAGCAUGGUGGUGGUCACGUCUACGAUACGAUCAAUCCCUCAGACAACUAUAAUAAUGAUGCUAGUGUUGGACCAAGUCAUUUGACAUACGCCCAGAUUCAACUCACAAAGUUGGACAAGAAAAAUAAUGAAAAGCCAGCUGAUCCAAAAGAAAGUCCAGUCUACUCUGAGGUGAAGACAGGAAAAGCCACAAAAGACCAAAGCCAAGAAGAAGAGAAACAACCCCACCUGAGACAGAUUCAGUCUAUUCUCAACUGAAGCCAGGCACAACCCCAGGUCCUUGAGGGAGAUGGAGGGACACACCAUCAGAGGAGACGUAGGAGCCAUCUGGGAACAUGGGUUAUGCAUGCUGGAUGCACGCAAGCACACACACAUGCAGGCAUGCUCACACACACACAUGCACACGAACACACAAAUACAGAAAAAACACAUUCACUCUUACAAGUGAACAUGUGAAGUAUUCCAAAAACACAUGUUUUCAUGUGAUCACGUGAUAUUAUUUGAAGUUAAUGUGAUAACGUGAUCUUAUUUGAAGUUAAUAUGAUAACAUGUGACAACAUGUGACAACAUAUGACAUGGAACUGCACAUGUGAAAACGUGAUUUCACGUUACAUUUCUCAUGUGUUUGUUCUGUGAGGGACACACACACAAUAACACCUUGUACAUGAAGGAUUUGUAUGUUAUUUUAAUUUACCAGAUAAAUACAACAAAUAUAUUCUAUUUAACCCUGUGUGUAUUACUGUAACAGCUUAAAUAAAGGAUAUGUUGUAAUGAUGAUACAUCUUAUAAACAGCUACAGUAAUUCUAUCUGCUUUGUAUUGUGUAUUGAAUUGUUU